AUGUCCAAGUGCCUGGAUUUUACACUAUCUAUGACUGGAUCGACGAAUUCGGGGCCUCUGCAGCCCCAGAAGGAUUCCUUACCACUUCCGGCACGAUCCUCUCCUUUCGAUUUUCAUUCGACAUCUGAGAGUUCAGCUCACCGCCGAGGUCACCAUCAGCGACUCUCUCGAAAGAUGACAUUGACCUCACCGAACGGUCAACCAAUACAACUUACUCCUCUCUGGGAACACGUGGUACGUACUAGAAAAUUUCCAAGCGAGGUGGAUGCUCAUUCAACAUUCCUGGAGAUAUCCGAGAGACUGCGUGAUCCAGAAUGGGAGGUGCGUCAACAUGCUCUUCGUGUGCUUAUAGACGUGUUACCAACUUUGAAUGCUGACAUCGUGGACAAGGUCAUGCAACCAGUGGUACCAGAGCUGGUCAAUAAUUUGGGCCACUCUGCGCCCGCCGUUCGCAAGGGUGUCUUGGAUGCUUUCCGAGUUUUUCUCAUUCAUAGUCAUGACAGAGACAACAUUAUUAAAAACAUUCUUCAGGAUGGCCUGAACCGUUCGGAGGUAUGCGACUCCUUCCAAACGAACGUGACAACUGGUGUGAUCUUGAGCGUGCCUUCAUUGUUGUUCCCAUCGUUCAACAGUCCAUUGCCUGAUCCUCAACUGAUCAAGGAUGCAACGAUAGUUCUGGCUUCACGUUUGGCUCAGGUACCACAUCAAGAAGCUGUAUUGAAAUCGUUGAUGAAGAUCCGAGACGCAGUUGGCGUAGCAGAGUUCGAGAGUUAUUUGGAAGACUACGAUAACAAGCUGAAAAGAAAUAUCGAGAUUCUGUCUAAAAUCUACAAUAUAAAAUCCGCCAAGAAGAGUCCGAAAAGGAGUGCAGAUGUUAAAAACGUGGAGAAAGUGCAGAACAAGGACUUGGAAGGUAAAUGGGAGAGUGAUAGCGAUACUUCAGGCAUAGCAGAAGAGGAGGACGAAGUUAAUAAUACUACCAUGCCAGCUGCCAGAGUUGUAUUAGAAACGGAGAUCAAGUUCAACGAAGAAACAGCUAUCACUAUGACUAUUCUGGAGGAGAAAGAUGACAGUGAGCAAGAGCAUAAUGGAGAAGAAAAUGGAACUGAUGUGAAGAACGAGGCUGAAGGAAAGGAAGAUGCUGAUAAAAGAAAGACACCUAGAAGAGUUCAUUUUGGAGGUGAAAUAGUUAAGCUAAGAACACCAGAUAGUGAUGACACAGAGUCUGUGGAGGCUGCUCCUAAAACUAGGAUUCCACUUCCGGUCUCUCCUGCUACCAAAAUGCCUACUCGACCUAGACCUUCUUCUCAGCCCUGUAGUCCUCGUAGAGAAUUUGGGAAGCCUAGAAGAACAUCAAGAUCUGUUUCUAAUAGCCCUAAAAGGGAAAUAUACACGCAUAACGCGGAACUGAGUCCAAAGAAAAGUAUUCUUACUAGGACUAACAGCUCAUUGCUUAGCGGUAAAGAUCUUGAGCAAUUGAAAAAGAAGAAAAGUGUGAGUAGACAGGAGGAUAAAGAUGGUAAACAUAAUAUGGAGAGUGGAAAUAUUAAGAACGUGAUCGAAAUAAGCGGAAAACCAGAGAAAAUUAAGAAAGAAGAAGUUAAAUUGGUUCAGAAUAGUCAAAGUAUCGAUUCCGAAAAUUCUGAAAAUAAAAGUCCAUUCAAAAAUGGAAAACAGCAGGACGUUUCUUUAACAAUUUCUAAAGAACCUGUAAUUUCUAAAAGUAUUUCGACAAUAGAAUCGGACAAUUUUGGUACUCAAAAUAAGAAAACUGGAGUAGAUGUUGAUAGAAAAAGUAAUUCGGAAGAUAAAAUAUCAGAAAAUGUUCAAACGAAGGACACAGAAGAGAAGAGUGAAGCUUCAGAAAAUAGGCACGAAGCUGAUUCUUUCUUUGGUUCCUUAGUGGAAAUUAAUGAAAUGGAACAAAAUCAUGUGAAAAUAAAUCAAGAUGGAAUUAAAGUGAACGAGAAUGAAACUGUGCAGAAAGAUUCUGCGAAGUUAAGGGGGAAUAUAACGAGUAAUUUGCAGAACAAUAAUAGUGAUUGUGAGUUGUUAAAAAAUGUCGGUGAACGAACAUCGAGGAGUGAUCGCGAUAAAGGAGGCACAAGUGUGACUGAGAAAAGUGGUAAUACUAUUUAUGGGGCUGACGAGAUAGAAUCUAUAGCAGGAGAGCCGAGCUGGGAGGAACUUGGACUGGUUGACCAGGAAGUGUUAGAAGAUCUGCAUAACAAAGAGGAUUGGCGCGCUCGUGUCAGAGGUUUGGAGAGAGUAGCGUCCGCUUUGCGAACGUCCUCUGCUCUAAUCGCGAUAGAGCCGCGAUUAGGAUCACUUUUGCAUGCAGUACUGGGCUGUGAAAGGAGCUGUCGUGUAGCUGCUGCGGGUUUGGCCGUGGCAAAGGUAGUCGUAGCUGGAGUAAGUGAAGAGGCUCUGAAGAAACGUUUACCACAAUUGGCAUGGGGUUUAGCGAGGCACGGUGGUCCAAGCGCAGCUCAAUUAACCAGAAUCACGAUGCUUAGACUGAGACCUUCUCUUCUUCUGGAACAACUUCUACAGCCGCAGUGUUUGAACGCGAGGAACGCAAAGACUAGAGAAAAUACCUUACAGUUGUUAAUUUUCUCGCUGGUAACAUUUCCAAGUACGGAAUUCAAAGUGGACGCAGUGGCUAACAAGGUAGCUAAGAUGGUAAGAGAUCGUCGACGCAGAGUACGGCAAGCAGCGCUUGACACUUUGGCUGUAUUGGCUCAGAUCUAUGAAUCCGAGGAAAUAUUAGCAGCAGGAAAACGAGCGUCAGAAAAUCACCAUGAUGGGGAGGCAAUGAUGUCCGCUAUUAGAGCUCGUCUGGCACGAAAAUCUCUGCCUUUAGUCUCUGCGGAUGGUCUUGUCAUGUAUGGUUUGCAGAUUUCACCUACCGUGCAAAUAGCUGCAGGUCCUGAUGUCGACUGGAUCGUGGCCGGAAGUGGUUCAAUCUCGCCAUCCAUCGGACGUACUAAAAGCCAAGUUAUAGCAACGAGGUCAGAGAAGGAAAAACUUGCAAGAAAUGAAACUGCAAAUUAUCGUGAAAACCUAUGGAGCGAUAGACAAAAUUUCGUCGCACUUGGAGUCGGUAUGCGUUCCAAGUUGGAACAACCUGUUGUGUGGCAAAUAGUUCCAACACAAAAUCAGGUGAUACUUUUAAUGUGGACGUAAAAUCUCGAAAUCAGACAAAAAUUUCUACCACGAGAGAAUCUGGGAAUUAUCGUAAUAUCAUUGAAAAUAAUUUUGAGCGAAAGGAAAACAAUAACAAAACAGAAUCUAAGAUUCCUGUACUUUAUACUCGAGAAUAUAUACCAAAGUCUAGCGGCCUGCUAAUGGAUAAAUCGUCUAAUUUAGAAUUAAUAAAUAUUAACUUGAAGAGAAGAUUAAGGGACACAACAGAAAAUUCUAGCGAUCGAAGUUCCCAAGAAGAAAACGUUAGGAGUUGUGGGACUAUGUAUCAUCAAAGAAGAAGAAACCAACAAGAAAAUAGUACAAGUAUGCAUUAUGACAGUUAUCGAUCAAUGAAAAACAUAAAUAAUACAAAUGUAGAUAGUAAUAAUUCAAAUGAACGUACAAGUCAAAAAUUUUCGGACGGUAAUUCUAGAGUUUAUCAAAAGUUGAUGGAAAGAGGUCGAUAUUCAAGGAAAUCUGAUUUCAAAUCUAAAUAUCCUCGUUCAAAUUCCAUAGAGAGUCAUCAAUCAUCAUCAAGAAAUAUUCAUCAACAAACAUUUGUCAUGCAUAAUAUAUAUAACACUUCGGAUCGAGAAGGGCGAAUUGUGGAUGAAAAUUCUUUUCGGCCAUUACAACCAGCUCCCACAUUAACAUAUGGAUAUAAUAAAGUUGGAGAAAAUAAUGAUAAAAACAUAUCACGGAUAAGAAUUCAUCGCAAAACGAAAGACGUGGCUGCUCAAAAAGUUACUGAUGUCGAAGUAAUAUCAUCGGAUGCUCAAACUAGUGAAUAUCUUCCUGCGAUACGUACUGAAACUCCUUACAGAAGGAGAUUACGUUCUCUAUCUCCAUCCCAAUUAUAUCGUCGUCAACAAUUUGUUAAAACAGCCUCCAACGAAUACUGUGCUUGGACAGAAGAAGCCAGCAAUGCAAUUACAGUGUUGAAAGGCACAGAGGCGAGUUCGAUCGAGAAAGAUGAAAAUUUCAACGAAGGAUCUACUAAUCCAAGAAGGAAGGAGUAUAAGAUCGCGAACACUAUUCUUCGUUACUGCCCGUGCGCGUUUAGAUGCAGACAACCGGUGGAUGUUGGAAGAGAGGAGGAGGAUUCCAUUUCAACUAUUGUCACCACUGUCAAUACCACUCCUGUAAUUCCUUUGAGGUUGAAUUCGAGUAAUGGCACAAUAGACAAAGCGGUGAACGAAGAAGGAUACAAUGAAAAAAAUAAGCAUCAUUUCCUACCAGACGAUCACUUCGGAGUGAAAACAGUAGAUCUAGAUGAAGCACGAUUUGAAGUGGACGAAUUUUCAUCGUCAGACGCCUUAGAAAGUAACUAUCAUCAAGAUGUUGAACAGGACGUGCACGAUUCUCAAGAUGAUAGUGAUUCCAGAUCAUCUACACCUGAUAGACAAAAUGCAGACACUGCAUUUGAUAUUAUCACCGGACAAUCGGGUUCUCCUGAUCGAGGCACCGUCGAUUUUAUUAUUUCAUUAGACCAAAAAGUUGAGACUGGAACAGAAGCGACAGUUACAUCGAUCGACGACGAUGGAUCCAAAGACUGGAGCAGCGAAGAGGAAUUGAAAUUAAGAAAUCAAAGUCGUGCGAUAUCCAGAAACUCAGAGCACGUUGAAUACCUCGAAGGAAAUCAAAACGAGAGCGAAUUUAGCACUUCAGAUGAAAAUGGACGAACGGAUGAGAAGUUGAAUAUGCAAGAAAGAUCAUCUAUCGUAUCAAUUUUAACAACUGAACGAGCGUUAACGAACGAAAGCUUGCAAAAGGCCGCUGAUGUUCUACAUUCGGAUUUUCCAGAUGGAGAACUUCCGAGAAUGUUUACGAGCCCCAAAAAGUUUAGUCGAUCGCCGAGUAGAAGUUCUGUCGAUUUUGAGACAUCGAAAUCUCCAAGACAUAAUUCUCGAGGCAGUCCACAUAAAUUGAGUUUUGAACUGGAAGACAAAGAUUUGGCAGACUCAAGCGAAGACAAAGCUGAUUCUCUCGCAGUGCAGUGUGAUUCUAUCCAGUUGGAAGAACCAACUCAAUCACGCAGAGGCUCGAAAUCAGAAGAAUCACCAGCUAUCAUCAUUGCCUCCAGACCUCAUUCAUCCAGUUCUAAUUAUAUGGAAAAUCAUCUUGACAGUACUAUUCAAAUGGAAGAAAAUGAUAAUAUUCUCAGGAGUCAACCUGUGGAGCCAGUCGCUACAACCAAACGAAAGACCUCCAGGGUUCCUCGUGUUGCAACAAGAGCUCGAAGCAAAGGAAAUCCGGAGAAAGAGGAAAAGAUAAAACCAAUUGUACAACAGUGUUUUGCUCACCUUGAGAAUAAAGAUUGGCAAGUAUCAUUAAUGGAAAUUACUAUGAAAGGGUUAAAAACGUUAUCCCAGAUCGCAAAGCAACAACCGGAGUAUCUGGAUGUAUGCGCUACUGCGACGAUAAGCCGGCUUUUAGGUCGUCAAAUAAAAAGUCUUCGAUCACAAGUAGCACGAACAGCAUGCUUGACCGCUGGCGAUAUUUUUAGUUCACAGAUUCGUGGCAUAGAUCAAGACUUCGACGACAUAGCCGGAUCAUUGCUUCACAAAACAGCAGACACCAAUCGAUUUCUUCGAGCAGACAGUAAUGCAGCCUUGGAUAAAAUGAUAGAACAUCUUCCGCCUCAUAAAACCAUUACUGUCAUCGUACUGCGUGGUGCUAGUCACCAGAAUGCCAUAGUGAGAGCAGCUACAGCAAGAUUGUUGGCUUCUAUAGUCGAUCGAAUAGGACCACAACAUACUUUAAUUUUACCAAAAGAUGUGAAAGACAAGCUACUUUCUACAGGUGCGAGGUUGUUGAUCGAUGGAAAUCUGGAUGCCAGAAACCAUGCCAAGAAAAUGUUCCGGCAUCUUGCACACUGCGAAGGAUUUCGAAAGGCUUUAACAGACGCUGUGCCUGAAACAACUUUGAGACACAUCGACAAGACUUUGAGAACUCUUUAGUCAAUCGAUUGAUUCGUGUGAUCUUGCACGUCGCUUCGCCAUCUGGAUCUAAUCCAUCUGGAUUCUAUCCAACAAAACUGCUUCUUGCAUAAGUGAAAAACUGAAGCUAUUGCUUAAUAAUAGUUUCAGUGGUGUAUUCAAUACGAUCUUCGUGCACGGGGGAAAAUGGAUCUCACGUAUGAAAGAAACGAUUUCACUAUGCAUAUUCCUCCAUGCACGAACGCGUAUUUUCUUCCCUGGCAUUUAAUCGCACGAGUUCAGCUAUGAAAGAGAAGUGGAAGCAUGAUUGCUCUAGUCGACUGAUUUCUGAAACGUUUCAAAACAUUUUGAUACUCUGACGAUGUACGUCCGUACAUUUCUUUUUUAUACCAUUGUAUAAGCAACGUACUUAGAAACCAGAGAGAAACUUAUUUGCAUAAUGUGGAUUUUUUAGGGUUUCAUUCCUCUGAAUCAUUGUCAUUUUAUCCUAUCGUGUAUGAUCUUCUUUUUAUGAAAUUGAGAAGAAUCUCCAAGACUUCGGUUUUAAACGAAAUAUUUUAUUGUAUCGGAAGAAGUGAAUUGUAUUGUUAAGUGAAUCGUUAACUGGAUAAAUUUCAAAUAUAU